CUGUCCGCCACCGGCCGGAGUCACCGACAACAUCAUGGCAGCCUUCAUAACCCCUGUCAUUUUGACGCCUAGCCCAACACCAUACCAUGCCUGCGCCUCGUCUUAGUCUCGUCUACGAUCAGGAUUCAGGGCUCCUUCACAUAUUUAAAGCAGACCAGACAAUGCAUGCCCCGUGGUAACACUCACUUCCACGCCAGUCCUUUCUCUCUUUCACUUACCGGCACCAAAACUCAUUCCCAGAAGCACCUGUGACCUGCCACCAACUUACACGUUCCACCACCAACAUUCACACACAAGCAUCGCAAUCGCAAAACAAUCUCUACCCAUACUCACCAUGAGGCUCCCCCCCAUCACAUUCAACGCCGUCGCCGAAGCAGGCGUCAAGAUGCUCCUGUUCGGCCGUCGCCGCCAAGACCUCACCCCCGCCGAGUUCCGCGACUACUACGAGAACCAGCACAUGCCCCUCCUCAGGAACCUCUCGGGCGACGUGUUCCCUCUAUCCCACGAGCGGUCCUACGUCCAGCGCCUCGGGCCCGACUUCGCAGCCAGCGUGGUGCUGGGCGAGCAGGACGACUUUCUCUACGACUCGAUGGCCAUCUUGACCUGGCGGGACAUGGCCCACUUUCAAGCCACGUUCACGCUGUAUGGAGACGACAAUGUCGGGAAAGCCAUUGAGGAGGAUGAGGCCAUGUUCACCGAAUGGGGGAAGGCCGUGCUGGUCCAGGUCCAGGCUAGUUCCGGUUGCUAGACGGAGCAUUCCGGAUAUCCCUGUCGGGGCGGCUGGUCUGAUAUGAUAUAUCCGUUCUUCCCCCGCUUUAAACGGCCCUCUUUACUUUUUCGUCUUACGCCAGUGUAGCUUGCUUGGG